CAAUGUUACUGGUUGCUUGCAAUGUUACAAAAUCCUAGGAGCAACCGGGAGUAACAAAGUCACUGUUUCUUGACUUGUAGCAUAUUUGAGCUACAUUGUCAGUCAGGAGUGGGCAACAAAUUAACGUAUUCGGAAGGGCCAGGAUUUAAAUUGAAUUGACAUGGAUAAAACAGUCAGCCUGCCAGGUCAUCCGGACAAGAGGACAGUGGUAACGCUGGUGGAGUCGAGUAACAAACCGAGUGGGUUGGAGCUUGUGAGCUCCUAUCAGACGAAUAGGAUUGGUGAUCCCAUGGAUUUGGUGUCCCUGGCAGAACAAGUACAGAAGUCAGACGAAUUCGUCCGAGCCAAUGCUUGCAACAAAUUGACCGUCAUUGCAGACCAAAUCCGGUACCUACAGGAGCAAGCUCGUAAGGUUUUAGAGGAUGCCAAGAAACAUGCUGAUCUCCACCAUGCUGCCUGUAAUGUGGUGAAGAAACCUGGGAACAUGUACUACCUUUACAUGCGUGAAUCUGGACAGCGUUAUUUCUCCAUUAUAUCUCCUCAGGAAUGGGGAUCCAGUUGUCCACAUAAGUUCCUUGGUGCCUAUAAACUACAGUAUGAUAUGUCCUGGACUCCAAUAGAUGAUGUGGAAAAGAAGGAUGCAGAGACUGCCAUCUUCGAGAAACUACUGAACCAACAGGCUGCACUACCUGCCUGCAUAGAGCCCAACUUUGACGGCAUUGCCAAAUGAGUUUGAGACUUUUUGCCCCCACUAGUCUUAAAAUAAUGGACCUAAAAGUGGUGGUUAUAUGUUGAAUAACAUACAUGACCUCUGCUUUAACUUAAGUGACUUGCAUGGGAUUUUGCAUUCUCACCUUGACACCUGAUGGAUGUGGCUUGACUUCAUGCUUUCAGCAAGUACACACUUCAUUUGUACAGUACAGUUACUUUCAGUUUCAGACAAAGUGCAUAUGACCGAGGUUAAAAGUAAAGCAUUACUUAAUGCAAAAAGUACCAUAACAUAAUCUUAUCAACUCGUAUUUCAUAGACACAUUAUGCAGUGUUUCUUAUUGAUACUGUUUUAAUGCUAUAUUUUCUUUUUUCAAUUAUUUUAAGGCACAAUAAAAAAAAAAGACAAGUGUU